AUGAGGGGCAUUAGCAAGUGCAGCUUGCCAGUCAUUUGGAAGGCAAACAGGAAGGCAUGGAUCACCAGGGAUAUUUUUACAGAGUGGUUCACUGACCAUUUCUGCCCUUCCGUGCAGCAUUAUUGUCGGCGCAAGGGACUGCAGGAGAAAGCACUGCUCAUCAUGGACAAUGUGCUGAGCCACCCUACUAACUUGACUAAGCUGCAUUCCUAUGGAGAUCCUGUUCCUACUGUCAAACACAACGUCGCUUAUCCAGCCUAUGGACCAGGGAGUGAUUGCCACGUUGAAGGCCUACUAUCUCCGCCGCACAUUCCAUCAGCUGAUUGA